CAGCGUUUCGCAGUAUAGCGGAAAAAUACUGUCUUAAAGUUUCUAUAAUAUUUUGUAUGGGUCAAUGAUGUAUGAUUCGAUAGGUCAGGUGACCUAAUGUUUUGUUAUGUUAAUUUGUUUUUCGCGGGUUCGUGAAAAAAUUGUCUAGGUGGUCAUUCUAGCCGUAGACAUCGUAUAGUUAAAAUGUCGGAGCCGGUACAGCUAGAUUCUUUGAUUAAACAGCGUGUGCAAGAAGCUGUUUCAACCGCACAGAAUGAUAUUGUACAUCACAUGGACAGGAUUAUCAAAAGCAGUUUUGACGCUUUCCAAAAGUCGACAAACGAAAAUCAACGACAACUGUCAGAAACACAACUUGCUAAGAUUGAAGAGAUGAAUUCGGACAAUUAUGUGUUUAAAAGGAAGGGGAAUGAAGAACAAUUUAAAGUCAAUUCCAAGGUUGCCAACAAGAUGAAGGAAGCUAGAUGUUUUUUGAGGGAAGACCCGGAGCAAACCGAACAGACCCAAAAGGCAGCACAAAGUAUCAGUGAAGGUUUGGAUAUUUUACGGCAUAGACAAAAAUUAGUUAAAUUGGUAGACCAAUCUGAAAGUGGCUGGAAAACAGUGACAGAAUACGAAACUCAUAGUCUGGCCGACGACUCUGAAGAUGAGAAACGAAUCAUCAGAGCCGAAAACAAAGCUGCACGUAAAAUCAAGAGCGAGAAACAAAAUAAACAACAUAGAUCAACCCCUUACAGUACCUCUCAGUCGUCGAGAUUUAAUUCCAACGCACCUAGAAAUAAUGUUCCAGUUCAACGCCCAGGGAAAUGUUAUGAGUGUGGUAUUCCCGGACAUUGGAGGGUAGACCAUCAAACUGGUGCUUUUGGUGCAACUAUGCAAAGAAACAAGAUUGACAAGAUAAGUAAAAAUGGAUCGGGUUAAAAUGUACCAUUCAGAAAGAGAUUUUACAGUGUGGAGCGAUCUCAGAAAAUUUCACUCAACUUGGUGGGAAAAUGGAAGAGUUUUUGUUACAUUCACAUAGUAGCAACACCAAUAGUAAAUAUUUUUAUUCUUUUAAACGUUGGGAACAGUUUAUAUCUAAAGAAGGAGGAAAAUCUAUUCCCGCUUCUCCAAUUCACGUUGCGUUAUAUUUGACUCAUUUACUGGAUAAAGGAUCGUCAAAAAGUGUAGUGCAAUCUGCCGUUUACGGGAUCAAGUGGGCGCAUAACAUUCAAGGAAUUCAAGAUCCGACAACAAAUUCUUUCGUUGUGAAUUUAAUGGAAGCUGCAAAACGACAACCACACAGACCGAGAGUGAAAAAAGAUCACAUUACCGUAGAUGUUUUGAUAAAUUUAUGUUCUAAGUACAAAGAUUGUAAUGAUUUACUUGUUAUACGGGAUUUAACUAUGAUUAUUUUAUGUUUUGCUGGUUUUCUUCGUUAUGAUGAAGUAAGCGGCAUUCGUUGUAAGGAUAUAGUUUUCAAAGAAGAUCAUUUUUCAAUCAAUAUAUUUAAAAGUAAAACUGACCAAUAUAGAUUAGGUGACGAAAUUGUCAUUUGUAAAGGAGAGUCAAUUGCCUGUCCAUAUUUAUUAUUGAAAAAGUAUUUUCAAUUAGCUAUGAUUAAUUCUGAAUCAGAAAACUUUUUAUUCAGACCAAUUUUCAGAUCAAAACAAGUUUGUUCAUUAAUUUAUAAAAAUAAACGGUUAAGCUAUACCAGAGCUAGAGAAUGCAUAGUUUCUAGGUUAAAAAGUAUAUGUCCUGAUUUAAACAUUGGUUUGCAUUCUUUGAGAGCAGGUGGGGCUACUGCAGCCGCCAAUUCAGAUGUUAACGAACGUUGUUGGAAACGACACGGUCGGUGGAAAAGCGACACUGCUAAAGAUGGUUACGUGGCCGAUUCACUUGAUCAUCGGCUUCAGGUUACGAAAAAACUAGGUUUGUGAAUGU